AUGGCCGACGGGCGUUGGAAACCCAAGCACACAAAGAAAGUAUAUCUACCUAAUUGGACCACAUAUCAGUCCCUCUAUGGCCAAAUGGUUGGGCCGAUCUGCGUCGAAGCGAAGCGUGUUUCGACCCAUGCGAAACGUGCCGAUGAGAAGCCACCGCCACAACUUGGGACAUUUUGUGGCGAAUUCCAAGCGUCUUGGAGAACAUCAAUGGCUCGUCCCGAAGGAGCCCCACAACAAGAAGAAGAAACGGAUCUUAUCCACUCCACAAGCUUGGGGGUAGCUACAUUCUAG